UUGGAGACGGGCGGGCGUCGCUCCCCGGGCCCGGCUCAGGGACAGGGCGGGAUCGGGGUGUCGCGAUAGUCGGCGACAGCCCGCCGGGGAUGGCAGGGGUGGCGCUCUGUGAGCCCCGACACCUCUACAACAUCAUCAACCAGUGCCGGCGGUUCCCGCGGCUGGCGGAGCCCAACUACCUGUGCCUGCUGGAUGCCCGUACUCAGCGUGAAUUCGACGAGAGCCACAUUGUUACAGCCCGCAGGAUUGAACGGAGUCCUAGAGGGGAGUAUCUGAUCCCGAGCGCAGAGGAGCUGGGCUAUGUCAGACACUGUGUGGUGUAUGACUACAACACCAGCGUUUUGAGCUGCUGUGACUAUGAUGAAGAGGAGAAAGAAACAGGGAGCAGUGCUGCUUCAGGGACCGGAAACAGUGGCUUAAGUCCUGUGCAUUCCCAGAAUACUCAGGAAGGAGCUGCAUUCCUCCACGCCAGAAACUUUCAGGAGUUCACCCGCCACCACGUGCUCGUCCUGAAGGGAGGGUACAGGCAUUUUUCAUCUUGUUUUCCUUUUCUGGGGACUCAGAAGACACUGUGGAUGCCUCAGGAACUAGACAACUUCCAGCCAUACCCUGUAGAAAUACUGCCUUUAAAGUUAUAUAUGGGCAAUUUCAAGCAGGCCUGUGACCAAAAAAUUCAGAAAGAUCUGAGGAUCAAAGCACUAGUCAAUGUCUCUGAACAGCCUGGAACACUGUUUGCAGAAGAUGGUGAAUCCCUCCAUAUAUCUGUUCCAGAUUCACUCGAAGCAGAUCUUUUUUCUUUCUUUCCCAUCAUUUCUCAUUUCAUAGAUGCUCAGAUGGAUGUUGGAGCAGUGCUGGUGUUCUCCAGCCUGGGGAUAAGCCGGAGCAGCACAGCCAUCAUUGCCUAUCUCAUGCAUUCCUGCCGGCUUUCCCUGAAGGGAGCUUGGGAUUACCUCCUGAAGUGCAAACCGAGCAUGAGACCCCAUCGGGGCUUUGUGGAACAGCUCUCAGCCUGGGAGAGCCAAAUGUAUGGGACCAACAUCACAGACAUCUCUGAGCCAAACUACUGACAGGGAACACCCUGCAGGGAAAGGCACUCCCUUCCACACCACCAAGCAAAUGACUUGAACGCUGUUUGAGAAAGACCUCAGUGGAAAAGCUUUCCUCUUUAGCUCCAUGCUACUUUGGGUCAACUUCUGGAGCCUCCUGGAGAACUCACCUGUGCUGUAGAAGGUGUGGCAGUUUGGGGAAUGCAAGUGCUGCAGGAUGAGACCCAUUACAGGCUGUUUGUCUCUUUAGCAAGCAAAGGAGACUAUAACCAUAGUAGGGUUAUCUCUGAAAAGGUUCCUUAUCCAUAGCCUGGAAUGACAAAUUUAGAGUCUGACUGUGGCCACUUCCAGCCUGGAGAGGUGACAACAGAAUUUCUGUGAUUCAGAAGUCCCUGCAGCCUGCGAGUGCCUUCUUAGCUACCCACAGACUCACUGGUUGAAUUGUUCAGAUCAUCCUUCCCACUUGCCACCUUCUAAUCCAACAACCAAACCUCUUGGCACAGCUGGUAGUUUUGAAGCCUCAAUCCUGCUACACGAAACCUAAACUCAGCGUCGCCCUCUCUCUUACCUCACUGUGAAUUCUGCUCAUUGACAUCCCAAAAUAAAAACAUUCCAGAAAACAC